ACCCUCCCUGCAUGAUGCAAUCCUAAAGAAAGCUGCUGAAACCUAAAGCUGGUAGAAAGCUGCCUCCCCUCCCCUCUCUCCCUUUGGUGUUGUCUGUGUAGCAGCAAAGCCAAAAAAACAACACUGCUCCUCCAAAGACCUUUUUCCAUCCCCUCAACUCUCUCUCUCAAAUUCAUUCCUAGCUGUACCCACAUCUCUCCCCACGGCCCUUUUCUUUUGUUUAUUCACAUCUCUCCUCCGCCCUCGCAUACUCUCAUCUGGUCCGGCGCGGCGAGCUCUAUAUGAUAGACAUCCCAUCCAGUGAUCUACCUUCCACCGGCCUCUGAGCUAGCUAGCUUACAUAGAGAUGCCCCGAUUCCGUUGGCCGCCCAUUCCCAUCGCCGGCCUGUGAAUUGUGAUCGCGAGCAACAACGAACACGAAGAGAGAUUUGCUCGCGGGUGAGAGAGAGGUCAGAGGAGAGGGGAUCGAUCGAUUCUUUGAUUAUUUCUUGAUUUGGUUGGGGUGGCAGGCAUUUUAAUUUGUCACCGAACCUAAGUGAAGGACGGCGGCGGCCGGUGCAGCAGUAGCAGUGCGGCGGCGCCAUGUUGAGUUCCUGCGCGCCGACGGCCCUGCCGCCUCCGGAGGCGGGAGCCGCGCCGCCGCCGGAGCCGCCGUUCCGGUCGCUGCAGAUCGCCGCCACGUCCAGCGCCAAGAAGAAGCGGCGGCCCGCCGGCACUCCUGACCCCGACGCGGAGGUGGUGUCGCUGUCGCCGCGGACGCUGCUGGAGUCGGACCGGUACGUGUGCGACAUCUGCGGGCAGGGGUUCCAGCGCGACCAGAACCUGCAGAUGCACCGGCGGCGGCACAAGGUGCCGUGGAAGCUGCUGAAGCGGGAGGCCGGCGAGGCGGCGCGGAAGCGGGUGUUCGUGUGCCCGGAGCCGAGCUGCCUCCACCACGACCCCGCCCACGCCCUCGGCGACCUCGUCGGCAUCAAGAAGCACUUCCGCCGCAAGCACAGCGGCCACCGCCAGUGGGCCUGCGCCCGCUGCUCCAAGGCCUACGCCGUCCACUCCGACUACAAGGCCCACCUCAAGACCUGCGGCACCCGCGGCCACACCUGCGACUGCGGCCGCGUCUUCUCCCGGGUGGAGAGCUUCAUCGAGCACCAGGACACGUGCAACGCCGGCCGGCAGCGGGCCGAGACGUCGUCCUCGCCGGCAAGCGGCGGCGCGUUCGGCGCGGCGGCCUCCACGUCGCGCCAGCAGCAGCGGCGCCAGAUGCACGCCACUGCGGCGGCGGCGGCGCUGUCGCGGACGGCGUCCAGCGCGAGCCCCUCCAGUGGCGGCGGCGGCGGCGACCUCGGGGUGAGCCCGGUCGCCUGGCCGCCUGGCGCGGCGAUGGCGAUGGCGAGCCCCACGGCGGCCGCCGCGGCGGCGUUCCACCGGUUCGACCCGGCGCUGUCGCCGCGCGACCGUCCCAGCGCCGGCCACAGCCUGGAGCUGCAGCUCAUGCCGCCGCGCGGGAUCUGCGGCGGCGCUCCUGCUGCUGCCGUCGGGUGCUGCGCGGCCCAGCAGCACUCGCCUGCUGUUGCUACGAGCCCCCACCUGGGCGCCGACCCCAUGCGGCUGCAGCUGUCGAUCGGGUUCGGCGGCGGCGGCGCGCGCGACGACAGCGAGAUGUCGGCGGCGGCGGCGAGGCUCAAGGAGGAGGCCCGGGAGCAGCUGCGGCUGGCGAUGGCGGAGAAGGCGACCGCCGACGAGGCCCGGGCGCAGGCGCGGCGGCAGGCGGAGCUGGCCGAGCAGGAGCUGGCGAGCGCGCGGCGCGUGCGGCAGCAGGCGCAGGCAGAGCUGGGCCGCGCGCACGCGCUCCGGGACCACGCCGUGCGCCAGGUGGACGCCACGCUGCUGCAGGUCACCUGCUACAGCUGCCGCUGCAAGUUCCGCGCGCGGGCGGCGGCCGGCGCCAUGAGCUCCGAGGUGGCCAGCUACGUCUCCUCCGUCGUCACCGAGGGCGGCGACGCCGAGGUCGACGACGACCACCACCGCCGCCGCCACCGGCAGCUCAUCAACGCCGACGACGCGCCGAGCCACGCUAGGAUGAUGGACCUCAACUAGCGGCCAGGCAGCUCGUACAUCAUGCCAUGCAAAUUAAGGACCAUUUGUUUUCUUUUUCUUCUUCUUCUUCUUCUGUUCUUCCCCGGCCAGCUCGCCCACUCCUUGUGGCUGUUGUUUUAGCCAUGGAUGAGGCUGUGCUAGCAGGUGAAUGGUGGUGUGAUUAGACGCGGUGAUGGGAUCUGCAGUGCAAGUAGCUCAUCUAGACUCCCAUGUCGGGAGAGUCUUGCUAGCUGCAGGCCGGGCAAGUGAAGCUAAGAGAGGGGUCGUCUAAGCUAAUCCCGACGUUCAUGGAAUCUUUCGCUUGUUUGCUUGCUGUUGGAGUUUCUUACAAUAACAUUUGUUCGAUCGAUCUA